AUGCUGCAGUGCGCGCUCUCGUGGCUGGCGGGGGGAAGCUACCACCACAUUCGUGUCAUCACCGGCGUCAGCAUUGCGACCUUUUACCGUGUUGUAUAUCGCGUCAUGUUCGCGAUUAACGAUGCUGAUGAACUUGCGCCCCGCUUUCCGAGGAAACAAGACGAAAUGAAGAGUGCAGCGCGCGGAUUUCAAGACCGGAGCAAUCAUGGAGUGAUAACAAAUUGCAUCGGUGUUGUGGAUGGAUGGCUGUGCCCUAUACGUGUGCCUCAUCGGGAUGAAUGUGGGCGCGUGAUAUCGUUCUUUUCGGGACACUAUCAAAAAUACGGACUCAACGUACAGGCUUGCGCGGAUUCUCUCUCUCGGUUUACAGUCAACUCACCGGGUGGAAUGAAUGAUGUUUAUGCUUUUCAGUGUUGGCGACUGAGCAAAGUGCUUCAAGAGGUCGAAGGCGAGUAUUUUGUCAUCGGUGACAAUGCGAAUCUUGUGGAUAGGCCUGACCGCGACAGCUACAACUUCCACAUCAGUCAGCUUCGUAUUCGUAUCGAAAUGGCUUUUGGGCUUUUGGUGAACAAAUGA